CUCUUGCCAUCGCCGUAACAGAACCAACUUGGGCGAGAAGAAGUCUGGGUUUGCUGGAACCUCUCCGAAAUUGAACAUCGAGUUGAAGCGCAAUGUCCAAAUCUUGCAAGGGGUUAGCUAUGGAACUCGUCAAGUGUCUCAGCGAAUCGGACUGUAUUAAGGUUGAGAAUCGAUCCUAUAGGGAGUGUGCGGGAGAGAAGGCCCCAUCAAUACCUAGUGAGUGUGUUGGACUGAGGGAGACUUAUUUCAAUUGCAAAAGAGGCCAGGUGGACAUGAGAGCUAGGAUACGCGGGAACAAGGGUUACUAAUGGCUGCUGAUGUUUUGAUGUUCUGAAGCCUGAACUGUGAAAGAUAGCUUUCAAGUUUUUGAGAAAAUAAAUUUUUUGAGUGAAGAAAAUUUUGUUUUACCCACUAGUAUAUUGCGUACUGAGCUAACCAAGGUAUUAUUGAAACUAUCAAUUGCAUAAUUUGAUAAUAUUGUUAGCUGUA